CAAAACUCCAUGUUCUCUUCUACCGAAGUCUUUCUAUAAAAGACUUCGAAAAGAUGCUAAAUUUAUUCGAACUGAUGCACCUAAAGCAAAAGAGCGCGCCAUGCCGGCUCCAGAUUUUUUCGACUGGCGAGCAAGGAAAGUCAUCUCGCCUGUGAAGGCACAAGGUAAAUGUGGCUCAUGUUGGGCAUUUGCUGCUACAGCCACCGUGGAAGCGGCAUGGGCCAUCGCUCAUGGUGAGAUGCGUAAUCUUUCUGAGCAAACGCUGCUUGACUGUGAUCUUGAAGAUAAUGCGUGUGACGGUGGUGAUGAGGACAAGGCAUUUCGCUACAUACAUCGAAAUGGCCUUGCUUAUGCUGACCAUUUACCGUAUGUUGCUCGUCGUCAGAAUACAUGUGAAGUGGAUGGAAAUACAACGAAAAUUGAUGUCGCCUAUUUCCUUCAUCCUGACGAGCAAUCGAUAAUCGAUUGGCUGCUUGGCUUCGGGCCUGUCAAUAUCGGUAUCUCUGUCACGAAGGACAUGCGUGCCUAUAAAGGCGGAGUAUUUACACCGAGUGCAUACGACUGUAAAAAUAAUGUGAUCGGCCUGCAUGCACUGCUGAUAACUGGUUACGGUACAAGUAAAACAGGUGAAAAGUAUUGGAUUGUAAAAAAUAGCUGGGGUAACACAUGGGGAGUUGAGAAUGGUUACGUUUAUUUCGCUCGUGGUAUCAACGCAUGUGGUAUUGAGGACGAACCGAUAGGAAUUUUAGCGUAG